AAAAAAAUACUUUUAUCGAUUUACAAGUACGCAACAAUAACAUUACAUGAAUAUUGUUAAUAGUUGAGAAUUGUAAAUGUAAGACAUUACCAAGUUUGUAUGACUGUAAAAGAAAAUAUUGAUCAGUGUAGUAGAGAUAGCUUACGGUGGUUGUGUGGUGCUCACAGAACUUUUGAUCAUGUAAAAAUGUGAUUUUUGUUCGUAUAGGUGUUGCGUAAACAGCCUGGUGACAGUGAACAUGAGAUCUUAUCGUUCAUAGCCGAUUAUCUGGAUCGUUUACUGGAGGAAAGACGUAAGAAUAGUAAUUUUAUGAAUAUGGUGACAAAUCUAACCAAGACGGACGAGGCGAAAUACAUAGAUAGUUUGAAAGAAACCAAUAAGUACACCGACGAACAGUUGGAUAAACUCGCUAUCACUAUCCAACGAAAAUGGAGGAAGUAUAAAGGGUACGAUCGCGGUGAUUUAACUGCUAAAGAUAUUCCCACAAACGGUAUAUUCAAAACGCUUAUCGGUGAUGAUAUAUCUUUCAACACCGCGUACAAGGCUGCAGCAGUAAUACAAAAAUUCUGGAGUAAGUUUAGACCGUUUGAUUCGAGUAAACGAUUUAAAAACGAGGACAUUGAAGAAUUAAACUUCGAAUGCAUAUCCGAAGAUGACAUGUUGCGUGUAAACGUGGUGAAGAAUUGCCAGAGGCUAUGUGCCGCCUAUUCCAAACUUAAUAAAUGACUCGUUUGAAAAUCUAAGCGUGAUUGACGAAUACGAUAAUGUAAUGGAAAUCUCCGAAGGCAAAGAAAUAAAUUAUGAUUAAUUAUUUAUAUUUC